AUGGCCAACGUAGGCGAGGUGAUGUUUGGUGCACUGGGCCUCGAAAUCGAUGGCGCAGCUCAGAUUAUUUUCUUCCUCUUUGUCAUGGGGUCCCAUAUAUUGACUUUUUCGAUCAUGAUGAAUACUCUUACUGACCACGGCGCCUGCACGAUUGUCUUCUGCCUUGUGGGGGCAAUACUCACUUUUCUUCUGAGUCUACCGAGAACCCUGCAUAACGUAUCGUAUCUUGCCAUCUUUUGGGGCUCGGGCACGGUAGUGACAUCCCUCCUCCCAGCUUUUUCAGCCACUCUGAAUAUCAUCAUCGCAUUCGGAGAACAAGUCGCCUUCUUCAGUAUCCAAUCCGAACUUGCCGAUCCUGGGAAAUACCCGAAAGCGCUGUAUACGCUGGAGACGGUCGACCCGAUCCUGUAUCUCAUUGCUGUUGUGGUGUACCGAUUCGCCGUACCGCCGUGA